AUGCGUUUCUCCUCCGUCCUUGCAGCGGCCGCUGUCAUCUCUGCAGCAAUGCUGACCCCGGCUACAGCUUCACCUACCUCGAUGAGCACCCUCCCAGACACCAUCUCUGAGAAUGUCCGACGCGAACUCGCCGCUCUUCCUUCGGACGACUACACGCUCUUUGAGCGCAAUGCUGGACCUUCCCACAAGCUUAGCAAGAGGGCUGCACAGCUCAACGGCAUUCAGACCGGCUGCACUCGCCAGAACUGUCUCUCAAUCACGUUUGACGACGGCCCUUACCAAUGGGAAAACAAGCUGGUCGACAUGUUUGCCAACGCCGGCAACCAGAAGGCCACCUUUUUCGUCAACGGCUUCAACUGGCGAUGCAUCUACGACGAUGCGUCGGUAAAGCAGCUGCGAAACACGUACGAGAAGGGUCACCAGAUCUGCUCGCACACCUGGAGCCACCCGGACAUCAGCAAGAUGAACAACCAACAGCUGGAUCAGCAAGUCCAACUGGUCGAGGAUGCGUUGUGGAAGAUCCUUGGUGUCGUUCCCGCUUGCAUUCGCGCUCCUUACGGCAGCAUCCGAUCCGAUCAGGUCAAGUACCUCAACGAUCGAUGGGGACUCGUGGUCGUUGGAUGGAACUACGACACCAAGGAUGCCGACGGCGCUGGCACCCAGGCCGGCCUGAAGCUGUACAAGAACCUUCGUCAACCCGCCCAGGCCAUCGUUCUCAACCACGAGACCGUCCAGGGUACCAUCGACACGGUGAUGCCGCAAGCUGUCAACAUUGUCCGACAGAACGGCUACACCAGUCACACAGUCCAGCGCAACCUCGGCUUCAACCCCUACAAGGUCGUGGGUAAAUACCAGAAUCGCGACUCUUCGUGGACUUGCGAUGGUACGCCUGCACCUGGCGCCAACUAG